AUGGAGCCUUCCCAAGAUUUAGCACCAGCUGAAGAAUUCAACACCACCAGUGAGUCUGGAUGGACCACUUAUAUCGGUUCUCCAAUCUACAAGAAUGAUAAUGGUGAUGACGAUGAUAAUCGGGGAAGUGGUGUAGAUAUGGAAGAAUAUGGAAACGAGAAUAAUUAUUACAAGAAUAAUGUUGUUGCUGUUGACGGCGGCAAAGGUGGGAACAGCAGAGAUAAAAGAAAUAUAGAAGAUGAUGAUGAUGAUAAUGAUUCCAUGACUUCUGAUGCAUCCUCUGGUCCAAGUCACCUUCUACAACUUGGUGUGUGGAUAAACAGUGAGAAAAGAAGAGAUGAUCAUCACCAUGGUAAUGAUAAGAAGAUUUACACAAGAAACAAGAGAACCAGGAAGAUUAAUAAUGAAAGGAAGACAAGAUAUGAAGAAAUAAUGGUUGAGAAAGAACAGGAUGACUCUCUAUUGCUUGUAACAGUAGAUAGUGCUUCUAGUCAUGUUUAA